AUGGUUGGCAUGUUCGCCUCAUUUCUAUUUUUUGUCAUCUCGAUGAGCGACGAGGAGGAGGACGACCUUGGCAUCAAGCCGGGCACCGUCAUCGACUCCAGCAAAGCAAACUAUGUCGUCAUCAAGCUACUCGGAGAAGGUGGUUUUGGAGCUGUGUACAAAGUACAUGAUCAAAAGGAUGAGACAAAAAUCUACGCUAUGAAAGUUGAGAAAAAACUGGAAACCAGAAGACACUCAAAAUUGAAAAUGGAAAUAGCAAUCCUCAAGCUCGUUUCGAGUGAGCGAAAACAAUCUCACUUCACCGCCAUAAUAGAUCGUGGAAAAAAGGAAACGUUUUUCUUCCUUGUGAUGGAGUUAGUUGGAAAAAGUCUGUCAGAUCUCAAAGCAAAAAGACCCAAUAAGGUAUUCUCAGUGUCUACCGGAAUGGGAGUUGGAAUACAAUGCUUGGAAGCGUGCCAAGAUUUGCACAAGUACGGUUUUAUACAUCGGGAUUUGAAGCCGGCCAAUUAUGCUUGCGGUUUGGGCGACAAGAAGAGAAUCAUCUACAUUCUUGACUUUGGCAUUGCUCGUAAGAUCACAAAUUUGAAAGGAGAGCUGAAAACUCCACGCAUGUCAGUUCGUUUCAAGGGCACAAUAAGAUUUGCCUCCCUGUCUUGUCACAGAAACUCCGAAAUGGGACCAAAGGACGAUUGCGAAUCCUGGUUCUACUUACUUCUGGACAUAGCCGUACCAAGAGGUAUUAUAUGGAGAUCAGUUGCUGAUAAGAAUCAAGUCCUCAAAAUCAAAGAGCAGUUGCGGACGGAGAAGAGGGAGGUUGCUCUGGGUAGUAUGAAAUGUAAAGCAGAACUUGGUAAAGUGCUCGAUUACAUUGAUAGUCUCAAGUACCAUGAUCAUGUCGAUUAUGACUUUAUAUACAAAAUGCUUACGGAGGCUGCAAAGAUUGAAGGAGGAGAUAUCAAUGAACCGUACGAUUGGGAAAGACCAGAGGCAACAAGCUCAUUGGCUUCGGUAAACACCCAACAACAGUCUCUUCGUCAUUGA